AUGCACAAAUCUCAAAGUGUUCAGAACAGUUCUAUUAUCAGUUUUUUUCUCAUACUUGCAGAGGUGCUGGUGCGAGUACACUGCGUGGGCAUCUGUGGCUCGGAUGUGCACUUCCUGAAGCACGGCCGCAUUGGCAGCUACACACUGGCAGGGCCCAUGGUCCUGGGCCACGAAGCCAGUGGCGUGGUAGUGCGCACCGGUGCCGCUGUCAGCCACCUACAGCCAGGUGAUCGGGUGGCACUGGAGCCUGGAGUACCGUGUCGGCAGUGCACACUGUGCCUCACGGGUCGCUACAACCUCUGCCGUGAUGUGCGCUUCUGUGCUUGCCCACCAACACACGGUGCACUCACAGGUUUCUUCGCACAUGCAGCUGAUUACUGUUACAAGCUACCAAACAAUGUGUCACUGGAAGAAGGUGCCAUGCUGGAACCACUGUCUGUCGCUAUCCACGCAUGUCGCCGAGCAGGUAUCACCUUGGGUUCCUCUGUACUUAUCAUAGGAGCAGGGCCCAUUGGUCUUGUGACCAUGCUCACAGCCAAGGCCAUGGGGGCCACCAACAUACUGAUCACAGAUCUGCUGCCUCACCGACUGGAAAUGGCAAAGAAGAUUGGGGCAACAUCUACACUUCAUAUCCGCUCUGCUGAUAAACAAAAAACUGUUAAAGAAAUAGUCAGUCUCUUAAAAUGUGAGCCACACAUUUCCAUUGAAUGCAGUGGAUCAGAGAAUGGUAUAUGUUUGGCAGUAUUGGCAACAGCGCCAACAGGUGUGGUUAUGCUGGUUGGAAACAGUCCACCAGAAGUAAAAGUGCCUUUGAUAGAAGCCAGCUUGAAGGAAGUUGACAUACGAGGCAUAUUUCGCUAUAGCAAUACGUAUCCAACAGCUCUAUCAAUGGUAGCUUCAGGUGUUGUUGACAUCAAACAGCUUAUAACACAUAAGUACCCUCUCAAAAAAAUUGCUGAAGCAUUUGAAAAAGCUCACACAGGAGAAGACAAUCCAAUUAAAAUUAUGAUAUACUGCUCGGAUAGCAAUGAGAAUUUUACUUCUCAUGAAUAAUGUAAACAUAAUUAAAAAGUGAA